CUUUCCUAAGUAAAAUUAACAUAUAACUCUUGUAUGUUUUUAUCACGAUGAAGCCCGUCUCCCCAAACUCCCGCAAAGGUGGCUGGAAAAAGAGAUUAACUACUCGAAAAUCAGAUAGGACCCCCCGCUCGUCCACCAAUGGCAACCCCAACCUGCUUCAGUCCCACCUUCUGCAGAAUUUUUCGAAUACUUCACUAUCCACCCUCCUUGUAGUUACUCCCCCAGAUACUCACAGAGCUGUUGCCCUAGCGUCUUCUUCUCCAUCCUCGUCUAAUAAAUACAAUUCACUUUUUCUUCCUCCAGUUACUCCUACCUUUCUGGGUCUGCCAAAAAGGUCUUGGUCUGGGCCGUCUGGAUGGAACUCAGCUGACAAUACUGAUCAAUUCGAUACUCCUUGCACCAAUCCAGACUCUUAUUUUGAUGGAGGCUUCAAAUUUCUGUCCCCGGCUUCAUCUUCUUCGAAAAAGUCAAAGUUCAAAGGUAAAAAGCUAUUCGUCGAUUCCUACCAACUCACCAGCCUUGACCCAAAAAGUCCUCUAGUGGAAACAGCUUUUCCCAUUCCUCCCCUGCUUCUGCAAGGCAGUAGUCCCAUAACUCCCACAAAAGGUCCCAAGGUCAAACCUUUCAUCUUCAUUAAGAGUCAGGGCACUCACACUAAUAAACCUUCUGCAGCUGACACCCUUGAUAGGAAAUGCCAUAUCUGUGAUGAGUACUUGAAGUCGACUUUGACUAACGAGAAGUUUGUAACCUUGAAAUGUGGGGAUAUCAUCCAUGGAGAGUGUUUCGAAGUCACUGUAGAUUACGAGAUCGAAUCCGCUUUUUCCAAUCAAAUCGUCGCUACCAGUUGCUCCUUGUCAGAAAUCAUGGAAGUUGUACUCCCCUCUUGUCGAGGUUUGAAGUGCAUUACUGCAUCAAACCCGUCAAAUUUGGUCCCAUUGGAUGAGAAUCUCUUAGAAGAAAGGGUUAACAGUGCAGUCGUCGCUUUCAAUAGGAAGAAUGUAGGCAGAAGAAGCAGCAAUAUAGUUGCACUAAAUUCUACAUUGUCUAGCCCUAUUCCAGCCAGAACUUCAAGAAUGACUUUAAGGUCAACAUCAUUGAAUCCGUUGAAGGAAGAUAUAGAAUUCAGGACCCCACAGUACAACAUCCCCAGAGAUACUAUGUCAUUCUUUAGAGCUUCAAACGGGUAUUCCUACGAGACCUUCUCACUUCUCUCGAUGUCACCCUCACCUUCUCCUAGCAACUCCACAGCUCAUAAUUCUACUAUUAAAAUGAGAUUGUAUUCUAAUUUAGCCAUAGAUACACUCAAGAAUCACUUUAUAAAGUAUAUCUUGGAAAACUCUCGAGGGUUCAGAUUGACCAGUUUGUUGAUGUUUGGUUCGUUGAGAUUGGCUGACCAUCUUCUUGUAAGCUACGAGGGCCCCGAGAAAAGCUGUUUCAUAAAAAAGAUAGUCUAUCUUUUUGAAAACUACCUCGCCAUAUGGGAUCUUCAUUCAGAGCCACUCUUAUACUCCUUGACAGGAAGUAAGGUCCACAUUACUCAACCUGCCAUAGUUCGCAUUUCAGGUUUUGAUAAAGGAUCCCCUACUUCCAAUGUGUGGUUUACAUCAGAACUGAAUUCCGUGAUUGAGAAAUGGGUUAUCGCUACUUCAGAUCUCCAAUUUAAUUUCCCCGUUGACUUCUUGACUUCGACGAUUAUUCUUCCAACGUUUUCAGCGCCAGCUAGAGUGAGCACAGUUGACUCUGUUCUACUGAAUAAUUUCGCAGCCGAUACACAAAAGACAUUUUCGCAGCCAAUUUCGUUACCAACCAAAAUGACCCGUCUGCUUUCAGAAAGCUUGAUGAAUAGUAAUACAGUGGCUAAAUCUCUGGAAGAGUCCAUCUUCACAAAUAUGGAGAUAGUCAAUGAAGAAGCUUGUAAUGACACCGAAUCAGAUAGCGAUUCAGACGACGAAGCCAUUAGAGGAAUUAUAGGAAAAGAUAAGCUGCAUAACACUAUUAACGGCACUCCUGACAGCGAACAAGAAGACCAAUACACUUCUGAAACUGAUGAAGAUUCAGAUGCUGAGCUCAUAUACUCCAUACAAAUGAAAACAAAGCCCACAUGUCUUGAUACCUGGAAUGAUCUUUUAACUCAGAUUGAUCGUGCAUUAUCAUUUUCUCAUACUGAGUAAAUAUAAUACAAAAUAAUUUAAUUAAUAAUAUCUAUUACUUUCU